UGAGGACGCGGCAGCAGGGGUGACUCAGUGCCCCGCCGCGGCUUUCCUUCCUGCCUCCUAAAAUUCCGGGAUUCAAACCCGGCGUUUUCCGCUCCACCCCUCCCCCUCUCCACCCCCCGCCUGUCAUUACCCAGACUGUCCGGGUGUUUCGUCCCCCACCUCCCAUCUAUAGAACUGAAGGCCGACCUUCGCGCUCUCCCUCGCUGCGGGCCCGGGGAUCAGACUUGGCCCGCUAGAGCCGGGGACCGCACUGGGCGACAGAUCCGGAGCCCGGCCGGAGGGGGCGGUGCGCGGCGCUCUCCGGCGCACAGGCGGACCUAGCCGAGCCCCGCUCCCCAUUGGCCGCCACCUCGGCGGGAGGGGCCGCCCGGGCUCGGGGCACCUGGCGUCGCCCCUCCGCAGGGAAAUCGGAGGCUGCCGGGCAUGGGCGCCUGGAGGUAAAGGCAUCGGGAGGGAGGCCUGGGGUAUCUGUGGAGCUCGGGGAGGCCAGCCCUGUUUCUGCCAGCUGCCCCGGCGCGGGCGGCCCUCGGAUUCUCCUGCUCUGGCUUCGGCAGCCGGAAACUUUGCUCCGAGAAGUCCCCCACCCUCCUGAUCGCGCCGAGAGGCGCCUGGUGGGCCGCGCGCCCCCGGGGGCCCCGCAGCCCCGCGCGUGAUUGCGGGGGCCCCCAGGCGCCAGGCGCCCGCCGCGCUCCGCCGUGCGCGCGCGGCCGCCAGGAUGCGCUACGCGGACCCCUCGGCGAACAGGGAUUUGUUGGGGAACCGAACUUUGCUCUUCAUCUUCAUCUGCGCCUUCGCCUUGGUGACCUUGCUGCAACAGAUCUUGUAUGGCAGGAACUACAUCAAGAGAGGCCUCCAGUUUGGUUGGCAGAGUGGUGACCAGCUGGCCAAUUGGACGGGGCUCUUUAAUGUCACGGACGACCUGGCAGUGCAGAGCGGCAGUGACUCCAGUUCCAGGUACUUUGAAUUUUAUGAGGGCCCUUUUGAGUAUAACUCCACAAGAUGCCUGGAGCUGAGGCACGAGAUCUUGGAAGUGAAGGUGCUCUCCAUGGUGAAGCAGUCGGAGCUGUUCGACAGGUGGAAGAGCCUCCAGAUGUGCAAAUGGGCGAUGAACAUCUCUGAAGCCAACCAGUUCAAGUCCACCCUGUCCAGGUGCUGCGAUGCCCCCUCUUUCCUCUUCACCACCCAGAAGAACACGCCCCUGGGGACGAAGCUCAAGUACGAGGUGGACACUAGCGGCAUCUACCACAUCAACCAGGAGAUCUUCCGCAUGUUUCCCAAGGACAUGCCCUACUACCGGUCCCAGUUUAAGAAGUGUGCGGUGGUGGGCAACGGGGGCAUCCUAAAGAACAGCCGCUGCGGGAGGGAGAUCAACAGUGCCGACUUUGUCUUCCGGUGCAACCUACCCCCCAUCUCAGAGAAGUACACCAUGGAUGUAGGGGUGAAGACAGACGUGGUCACCGUGAACCCCAGCAUCAUCACAGAGAGGUUCCACAAGCUGGAGAAGUGGCGGCGACCCUUCUACCGCGUGCUACAGCUGUACGAGAACGCGUCGGUGCUGCUGCCCGCCUUCUACAACACGCGCAACACCGACGUGUCCAUCCGCGUCAAGUACGUGCUGGACGACUUCGAGUCACCGCAGGCCGUGUACUACUUCCACCCGCAGUACCUGGUCAACGUGUCGCGCUACUGGCUCAGCCUCGGGGUGCGCGCCAAGCGCAUCAGCACCGGCCUCAUCCUGGCCACGGCGGCGCUCGAGUUGUGCGAGGAGGUGCACCUGUUCGGCUUCUGGGCCUUCCCCAUGAACCCCUCGGGCCUGUACAUCACCCACCACUACUACGACAAUGUCAAGCCCCGCCCCGGCUUCCACGCCAUGCCCUCGGAGAUCUUCAACUUCCUGCACCUGCAUAGCCGCGGCAUCCUGCGCGUGCACACGGGCACCUGCAGCUGCUGCUGAGGGCGGCGUGGGCCUUCUGCCGGCCCCCCUGGCACACGGGUACCCCCGGCACACGGAGCCACGCUCUUCCUCGCCGGCUGGCAGGGCGGGGCGAAGGCCUGGCACUGAGGCUGGCGCUCUCUUGGAUGCUCAGCUUCAGACUUGGGUCCUGUGGGCUCUGGGAGGCAGGGAUGCGGGCUGGGGAGAGACAGCUCUGUGCGCACCGCCUCACCUGCCCCCCACCCCGGCCACACCUCAAGAUGGGGGCCCUGGGGGUCCCAAGGGAAUCAAGCACAUUUCCACUCAGUGUUAGCAUCCAAAAGAGCACAAACCGUAUGGCCUCUUUGCAGCUAAAGGAAGUCCCUACUGGGAACAGAAAAGAGGGAGACAGACAGAACGUGUGAGCACAGUUUAGAUGUAACUCAGACUUUUGGGUUCCUGACUCUUAUUCCCAGGCCUCAGCCAUGAAAUGUGGUCUAGAAUCUCAGAGCUAAAAGGCCAACCGAGUGGCCAGACCUUCCUGUGAGGACAGUGGCUCAGAGAGGUCUAGGGAUUAUUAACCGAGUUUCCACCAACCGACUAAGUGGCGCUGUGACAUCUGAUGCAAGGGCUGUGGGUUAGGAUCUUCGCUCAGACACUGUCAACCAAGGACAGCCACCCCCUUCAAACACAUCCUCAGACACACACGUCUUGGUGCCUCCAGGUUCAAUCCUGUGUUUGACCUUUUGAUGAGAAGGAAAUAAACCAGACCAGCCAUUUGCACUAAGGUUUUCAAGCCAACGUUAUCGACUCAAUAAGUGCUUAGCGACUUGCUUCCUCUUCUGUCUCCCUAUUUUCAGCUCUGUUUUAACCGGGAGUUAUUUAUAAGAUCCAUCCCUCUGUGUGUUCCUGAAUACUGCAGUUCCUGCUGUAUCGUGUUCCUGAAUUGGAACCGUAAGGCUCUGGACUGGAAAGCGCUGACAUGUGACUGGUGAGCUUAGCGACGGAAGUGAGUCUGGGCCUCCGACACCAGCAUCACUGAGGUCCUACCGUGAAGGCGGGGUUUCCCGCAGCACGCAGCCUGCUGGCCUUCGCGUGCGUGGAUCCACAGGGCCUGUGCUUUGGGAAGUCAGCUGUGCCUAGGCUGAAAGGGCUUCUCGUGUCAUUUCACAUCGCUUUCCUCCCCCCUGUGGUAUUCUCACCAUGAAUGCAGCUGUGCCUAAUACACACUGUUGGUAAAUUGCCUUAGAAUUUAGCUUUGUGGAACCGCAGAAGGCUAGUGCUGGAGGAUCUUCAGCCUGCCCCUCCUUUCCUCCCUUCCUGCUCUCUCCCCUCCUUCACCUAAACAUUUCCAGAAGCCUGUUCUGCUUUGGUUUGGGGUGAGGCUUGGGAAGACAUGAUGACAAAGACAGGAUCUCUGUCUUCCAGGAGUGGAGGGUAGACCAGAGGCAAAUUCCGACUCCGCAUGCUAGGUGUAAUGAGAAGGAGGAGGGGUGGUGAGAGCUCAGCACACAGGGGGCAGGACCUUUCAUCUGAUCACCUCAUUUUACAGGCAGAGCAAUAGGCCCAGCUGGUGAGAGACCACAGCAUACAGGCCCUGUCCUGGGUCCCCAGGCUCCCCAUCGAGGCCAGAACCCCUUCCCCUUGCUUGGGUUUCGUGUUGGUGGAGCCAUUAUGGAACAAGUGCUCCAUGCACAGCACUGUUCUAGGUGCUGGCCUUGAUUCUGACCUCUGGUCUUCACUGGGGAAACCUCGGGCUGUUCUGAGCCUAUCUGCUUGUCUGCAGUGCAAGGAAGUAGCCAGUGAGCCAAAGCAGGCCCAAGGACGUGGUGAACCAGGGAACACCACCAAGGACAGUGGAUGAUUUCCUUUCUUGGGCUCUGCCUGUUUCUCCAAGGAAGGAACAUCUGAGACAGAUUCCAGUUAACUGAAGUUUCCAGCCAUUUGUUUGUGGUUAGUUGGGCCCCAUUCUUGAAACUACAGAAUGUUAGACCUGGAAGACUCUUAAAGAACAUUCUGUCCCACUUAAGGAAGGUGAGGUGACCUCCCUGAGGAACAGGGAGGUGACCUGGCUCAAAUCGUGCCAGGGGCUCUACUGAGUGCAUGCUGUGGACAGAACCUUGGUGAGUCAGACACCAGGGUUCUCAUAGCCAAGAGUGUCUGCCCCAACCAGGGCCCUCGUAGGAGAGGGGAUGGAGCAUCACAACCCAUCCCAUGUAGGAGCUGGACUCCUUGCUUUUGGUCCUAUUGAAGUCUGAGGGCCUUAGGACAGUCCCUUCUCCUUUCUUAGGUCUCCAUCUCCUCAUCUCUACAACCAGAGGCUUAGAAAAUAUCCCUAGGGUCUCUGUAAUCUUUAAUUUUAUUAAGUUUUUGGAAGUAUUCGUGAUGUAUGGAUCUAAGCCAUAGAUAAUAUUUAUUGCUAUAAUAGCUAAGAUUUCCUGCACGCUCAUUCUGUAUCAAGCCCUGUACUGGGCGCUUUCUUUGCAUUAUCUCCUGUGAUCACCACAGGACCCCUUUGGGUAAGCAGGCUCCAAUGGGGAAACAGUCAUAUGGUGUCUUGCCGUGGCCAGUCACCCAGUAGAGGAAACCCGCACCCAGGUCUUGUAGAAACCCAAAGCCUGCGCUUCAAACCUCUGUCUUCGCCACUUCCUAGCCAGUGUCCCCAGGGCUGGCACAAGAGGGAAUCCUUGUUCCGGAAGGACUGAGAGGCCGCUGCAGGGUGGUGCUGGGCCCUGCUCUAGGGACAGUGCUCGGACACUGGCAUGGGUUCAGAAGGGAGUGUGCUUGUAGGUGCUUCUUCACCCCGACCCCGCCCCAGCCCUGGCCACAGCACAGAUGCGCCACAGUGCAGUGAAGGGAGGGGAGCUGAGGCCACAUUUUGCAGAAGGGGUAUACAUUAAAUGAUGGCGUGUUGGAGGACUUGCCCAAGGCCACAUGGCCAGCUAGUGACUCAGCUGGGACUCAGUCUCCUGACUUCCAUGCUACACUUUUCUCCUGCAGCCAGUGUUUGUAGGAAAAGCACAUUUUCAAAGGCUCAGAAGACCUGGGCACUGGCUCAGGAAGCCACCCCCCGCCCAUGUUCCUUGAAGCUCCGCCCCCAUCCCACCAUGCAGUGCGCACAGCUAGUUAUAUAUAAUACCCUUAUGUAAGGAAGCUCGAUUCCCCAAACAAAACAACCAUCGUGUCUUCCUUUGUGCUAAGCCCACUGCUCCAGGCUUCCCUGGUGUCUCGGACAGUAAAGAAUCUGCCUCCAAUGCAGGAAACCCAAGUUUGAUCCCUGGGUUGGGAAGAUACCCUGGAGAAGGGCGUGGCAACCCACUCCAGUAUUCUUGCCUGGAGAAUCCCAUGGGCAGAGGAGCCUGGCGGGCUAUACUCCGUGGGGCUGCAAAAAGUCGGACACAACUGAGUGACUAACACUUUCACUUUCACCAGGCUUGAAAGGCAGUGAAAACAAGCAAAUGACUCUGUGCUUAGCCAAACAAAAAGGAAGGCGGCUCAAGGUCGGAUGCAGCCUCUGAGCCCAUCUUUGUAAUGCUGCGGUGGCAGCUCUGCCCCCUAUCGCCUGCCGCUGCAGACAGUCCAUCGCCCUCAAUUCUGCUGAGUGCAGGGAGGAGGCAAGGGCAGAGCUACCUGACAGUUGAGGGACAACACAGAGCUGGCUUCAGUCAGGUAUUCAGCAAAUCGUUACUGAGCACUCAUUUUGUGCGGGGCAUUUGGCUAGGGCCCUUUGAGCUAGUGAUGAGCAGAGUAUUAGCCCCAGCCCUCCCGGAGCUUAUGGUCUGGUGGACAUGUCCAGAUGCUGAACUGAGUCCCCCAGGCACGUGUAGGGGCUGAGCUGAGUACUGGCAAAUCUGGGCUCAGGGACAAGUAUCACGAGAGGAGCACCAGGCCAUGCAGGUGUCGAUCCUGAAUCCUGAAGGUUGGCAGAAUGAUUGUAAUUGCUAAAGCGGUAGACCCAUGUCAGGCUUCAUUCCUCAACAUCCAUGUGACAGGGGUGAGUGGCUUCACUGGUCUUUUGAGUCCUCUCUUCCUUUUUUUUUUUUAAGAAACCACUUUACCCUGACUUUCCUCCCGCCUCACUGAAUGCUCCUUCUCUCAGACUCCUUUGUUGACCCAUCUUUUGUGAAGCUUCCUCAGGGUUCUCUUCUCUUAUUAGGAGAGUUCCUUCAGAAAUUGCAUCUGUUCACAGCCUCUAACCUCUCCUGUCCUUGCAUCUUACACCCCUUACCUGGAGGCCAGUUCUCCUUUGGAGCCACAGAAACACACUCACUGUGGCUGUCUGAAAGCCUGUAGCUGCUCAACAUCUCAGCUGGUAUAGUUAAAACCUGCUCAGUGUGCCCUCAACUGGCACAGUUAAAAGGACAAUCUGGAUUCAAAGUCACAUUUCUGCCCCCCCCCCACUUACUGGUGACUUUGGGGGAGCUGCCAACGCCCUCUGGAAGCUCUGAUUCAUCAUCUGAGGUUUACGCCAGGACACCAGCUGCGGAAUAGGGUUUCACGAUGCCUAGCACAGAGCCGACACAAACUAGA